GUAGGUCUUAGUCGCGUCUUAUCUCUUUCGUGCCAGUAAUUUCAACAUCUUAGGUGUGUUUGUGUCAAUCGUCCGACGAAAUGAAUGAAAUCUGGUGUUUUGCACGAAAAUGACUGCGAUUUAGUGAAAAUUUUGACUGCGGCUCAAACCCGGAAUAAGGGGGCCCUCAAACAUGACGUAACGCCGCCACUGGACGGAAGUUCGUAUCUUUCACCAUUUCCUUUGGAUUGAAAACUAGUCAUUUUUGGAAAUAACCAGUGAUUGUCGAGAAAUGGAACAGGAAGAGGAUGUUGUGGACGCGGUGUUUGUGACCAAAACGGUGAAAAAAGUACCCUCGAUAGAGGCCCUCAACAGCGAAAUGCCCGGAAAAAACCUACAAAAGGAGAGAGGCCGUAAAAUGCUCAAGACGCUGCUGAAUCGACUCCGGCUCAGGAAGUCGGCCAGUGUGUCCAUUUCACUUCCGGACCCGACCUACCGGGUCGCCUAUCUGGGCAACGUGGUCACAGGUUGGGCCAAAGGUGACGGCUGUGUGGAAAAGCCGUUAGCGACCUUAUGGCGGAACUACACGCAAUCGUCCCGUCCCGACGUCCGCAUGCAGCUCACUGUGAGCAGCGGCGGCCUCAAAGCCACCACCAAAGACCACGGCCUGACCGAAUAUUGGGCCCACCGACUCACCACCUGUUCAGCCCCCACCCAAUUUCCGCGUCUCUUCUGCUGGGUCUACCGCCACGAAGGCCGCCGUCUCCGACACGAAUUGCGCUGUCACGCGGUGCUGUGCCCCUCGGCGGCCAUCGCCAAACUCAUUGAAAACCAACUAAAGCAAGCUCUAGCCCUGGCUUUGGCCGAGUUCAAGAGAGACAAAAUCUCGCGUCAAAAUGCACGAUUAUCCCUUGUUAACUCGGUCUACGAGAACCCCACGAUCCCCAGGAGGAAGAUUCUACUAAGCACGGGAUCGCACAACUACAAGCCCCCUUUGGAGCGAUCGAAAUCCGCCCCCAAGUUGACCAGCAUCGAAGAAAUAAUAGAGGAAGAGGAGGAAACCCCCGAGCCGAACAAAAAUGUUUACAAGAAGAUUUUGAGGCAUUAUGACAGUACUAGUGCUCUGCUUGACAAGCGAAAAACUUUUGUUCGGAAGCUCCAAGAGUCGACGAUAGUACCUGUCCGCGAAGAUGCCUGUGAUGACUCCUGCAAAGAGUUGACCCUCGACGAGAAAAGCGACAUGAUUUUGGAGGAGUUGGUGCAAAAUUCCCUCCGAAACGACCUCCUCGAGUCGUGCGAAAGGGCCUGGUUUAACGCUUUGAGUGAAAAACCCGACUUGCUGCCCCCCGACAGCGACGAGGGGUCCCUCUCGAGUGGCUGCGAGUCGGCCUCCACCGUCACCUCAGACUUGGACCAGCCGGUCUUCCCGGCUAUCUCCGAGGAGGACGAGCCGAAAAAGACUGAUUUAGAUUUUAAAGUCGGGGGCUGCGUGUUGGCUCGAGUUCGCAGUUUCGAGAGAGUCAACGCGUAUUGCGGGUUGAAGAUUYUAGGCAACGAGGAGGURUCGCUGGUCCCCGUGGGGGAGAGCCAGGCCGACUUCAGUUCCUUGAAGGUGUUCAAGAGGAGGAGUUUGGAGACGAGGGAGAUGUGCGAGGAGGAAGGCGAGAAUGAGAGUGCGUGUAGUGACGAGAGCGGRUACGAGGAAGAGGAGGUGAAUAGUUCGGUCGCUAAUAUUGUGCUAGUUUAGGGGUUGGGGUUGGUGGAGUACAUUGCGGACAAAUGUAGUGUAUAUAUUGUAUAUAGCUCACAGAAUAGAAUGUGAUGWUUUGUUGUAAUGUGUUACCAAUUUGUGGUGUAGAUCGGGUGCACAUUUCUUAUUGUACCUCACUUCAGACAAAGUAUUUAUAUUGUUAUUUGAUAAUGAUAUUGUGUAUUAAAUAAAUAUUUGAGGAAA